AUGUCUGCACUUCUUUCACUCGUUGGUGGUGAUGGCAUCGGAACAAUAUUGAAAAGUGUACCUAAACUCAAUGGUAACCUUCCUUUAAUUGUCCUAAUUUUGAACAUUUUCUUGCCUGGAAUCGGAACUCUUGUUGCUGCGUUUUUCUGUGAGGAAGAUGAUGUAUUUACAGUGAAUGCUGUCUCAGCCUUGUUACAAUUUUUAACUGCCAUUUGUAUUAUUGGUUGGGUGUGGUCGAUUGCUUGGGGAUACUUAAUUUACCAACGAAGUUCUGGAGCUGGUCGAUUCCUUCCAAGCUUGUAA